CUUGCCCUGUGGUCACUCAUUUUCACUAGGGUUGUUCGAAUCACUUCCUCUGCAUGAUAAACUGUCCAGAUUUUAGCGAACACACCCAAAUUCAGCCCAUAAGAGGUGCAAGGCAUUCAUUUGCACUAGGGUUUGCUAAAACGCUUCCUUUGCAUGAUGGUGCUUUCCAAAUACAUCCUCAUCAAGCAGUUGGACGUGGUUAGGGUCUUAUUGGUUCGGGGUUUAAUGCUUCCGCGUUCGGGGUUUAUGCUUCUUGGCUCGUGGUUUCAUAUCAUAUUUUUGUCUUGGUUUAGCCCAAGUCUCGGACAGUCUGGUUGAGCUGACUUUUGUUGCCGCUGAGCCAGACCACGGUUCCAUGGAUCUAUAUAUUACUUUUUUGAGGACUGUGGUCAUAGGUGAGGUAUUUCUUCUCAGCUCUUCUUUUCUUUUCGCAGCAGCUGGCCCACGUUACCCUGUAAAUCACACUAACUAACUAGGAUAAUCCUGGCCUUGAACUCCCUUGCGUGCGUACACUUCCACUGAUCGAAGGUUCAAUGGGCAGAUGGUCCUGUAUGCUUAUGCAGAUGGUGAGUUGGUAAGUGUGGACAGCUGCAGCCGAGCAGUGUUGAUGAGAGAUUCCUUGCCGCGUGACGCCCGGCAAGGGCUCCUUUGCUCCGAUACUUCCGACCUCGUCCUGGGCGAGCCGGUCACCGCCCAACUCUUCGUCGCCGAGCGCGUGGAGCGGCACCGGCCGGCGGUGCUGCGGCGCUGGGCCACGCGAGGGUGGAAAGCCGUGGGGAAGUGGGACUUCAACUUCUUUCAGCAGACCUGUGGGCAUGUAGAGGUGGAGGUGACGCUGCCCAAGGGUCAACGAGAGAUGCAACUGUUGGGUGCCUACCUGGAGUCCCUGUCCCACUCAAUCCCACCGGAGCAGUUGCCCUACCUGCGGGGCUGGUACUACGAGCGGGACGCACCAUGGCUGGCGGAGGACUUGUGGCAACAAGGCGACUUCCACGACUGUGCCUUCGAGGAUUACUUCAAGCGCCUGCCCAAGCGGCAUCAUCCCGAUUUCCAUUGGCUUUUCUUGGGCGCUGCUGGUGCCAAGACUCCCUUACACGUGGAUCCCUCCACGACCCACGCGUGGCUGACGCAGCUUUCAGGGCGGAAGCGCUUCACCCUUUUCCCACCACAGGAGCUCCAGCGACUGCGGAGCGACCAGAAGUUCCGGUGUCUGGAGGAGAUUUUGAGGGACAAAGAGGUGAAGCCCUUGGAGGUGAUCUUAGAGCCAGGCGAUACGAUCUUCGUGCCCAUGCACUGGGCCCACGAGGUGGUUUGUCUGGAGGACUCGGUGAGUUUGACCUGGAACUUCUUGGGCCGCCAGGCCUUUCCCUUCAUUCGCGCGGCCUUUCUGGCGAACUCGGAGGGUAGGUCGAUGGGGUCUAGUGAGGCGAAUUGCGGAGGCAAAGCAUGCAAGGUCAUGGCUGCCGGGACCGCGGUGGCUGGGAGUUUGGCCUUCACUGUCCCUCGGUCGUUGGCCCCACGCGGAGCCACGACCACCGGUGCCAAGACCUCCAAGGCUGAUGGCUUUGCAGCUCCCGCCUUGGCGGCUGCCUUGGGCGCUUCUGCCUGCGCCGCGGCUCGCCGCCAGACGCGAGGGGCCAAGACCUCCAAGCCCAGGACUGCUCAGCGGGUGGUGGAUGAGUUCGAAGACGUGUGCGAGCAGACCGGGGUCACGCUCAGCCGCUACUGCAUCGAGCUAGCGAACCGCGGCAUCAUCGAUGAGGACCUCAGCUCCAUCUUCAACUCCAUCCGCGAGGCAGCCAAAGUUAUCUCCAAGCUGGUGAAUACCGCGCCCUUGAAGCAGGCGGAGCUGCUGGGCUUGCAGGGUGAGAUCAACGUGCAGGGCGAGGAUCAGAAGAAGUUGGAUGUCAUCACCAACGACGUCUUCAAGAAUGCGCUGCGCUACACAGGCAAAAUGGGAACCCUGGCAUCCGAAGAAGAAGAUGAGCCAGUGGAUGGAGCCAGGGCAGGUGAGAGCAGCGAAGUCAUCCCUGUCUUGUCGGAGGAGUUUGCAGACACCGGGAAAUACAUUUGCGUCUUCGACCCCCUGGAUGGCAGCAGCAAUGUGGAUGCCGGCAUCCCUGUGGGCACCAUCUUCGGUGUCUUUCAGGAGCCUGACCCUGCAGAGUGCGAGCUGCCAGAUGACUUGUCCAAGGGCCUGUCCGAAGACCAGCAAAGGUGCUUGGCUGGUACUCUGCAGCCUGGCAAGUCGCUGGUGGCUGCUGGCUAUGUCUUGUACUCGGCCUCCACGGAGUUGGUCUUGACCUUCGGCCAGGGCGUGGUGGGCUUCACCCUGGACAGCAGCAUCGGCGAGUUCGUGAUGACGCGACCAUCGAUCAAGAUUCCCGCGAGGGGCAAGAUCUACUCGUGCAACCAGGGCAACAUCAAUGAGUGGGAUCAACCCAUGCGGGACUACAUCGAAGCCAUCCGCAAGGGUGAAGGUGAGUCCAAGAAGCCCUACUCCCUGCGUUACAUUGGCUCCAUGGUGGGCGAUAUCCACCGCACCCUGCUGUAUGGCGGCAUUUUUGCAUACCCUGCGGACAAGAAGAAUCAGGACGGCAAGCUGAGAUUGCUGUAUGAAGGUGCCCCCAUGUCCUUCAUCAUGGAGCAAGCUGGCGGCAAGGCGAUCACCGGGCACAGCCGCGUCCUGGACAUCCCUCCGGUGGGUGUGCACCAGCGUGUGCCGGUGAUCUUGGGAUCUGCCGAGGAUGUGGAUGAGCAGGGUCCUGAGACAGCGCCCGAGAGUGGGUGA